GUCAACGAAGCAUGGUUGGGACGGGAAGGAUGGGAAUGGGAGCGAUGGACAUUUGAAGCGCUUUGCUUCACGUUUUUCAGCGGCUCCGCAUGGAGCCGGGUGAGAAGGAACGCCCGUCUGGGUUCGACCCGAAAGGGGGCGGAUCGAGGCCAAGCCAGAGAAACCGGGCUUUUGAACAGUUUUACUGGGCCAAUUUGGUUGAGACUGGCCUAGUGAAGGACUGCGAGUGGGAGGUAUUCUUAGAGUGCCUCUCCCAGCCGCUGCCGCUGACCCUGUGGAUCACCCCCACCGAUCGCUGGGCCGAGCACGUCCGCGGCUUCAUGAGGCAGUACAAGGCUGAAGCCCAAGCUGCAGUGGACCAGAGGAUUUCGGUGCAACCACUGCCUUGGAUGCCAGCUGACAUGGGUUGGCGGGUGGACAUUCCAAAGGCGGUGCUGCGGAAGGAUGCAAAGUUCAAGUUGUUGCAUGAGAUGCUGAUCGAGUACACCUCCAAGGGCACCAUCAAUCGGAUGGAAGAGGUGUCGAUGCUGCCCGUGGCAGUACUGGACAUCCAAGCAGGGCACCGCUGCUUGGAUUUAUGUGCUGCGCCGGGCAGCAAGACCGCGCAGAUGCUGGCCAGCUUGGCACACGCCAAUUACAAGAAGUGGGGGAGGGGCUUGGAGAAGAUCGAAGUGAAAGGCAGUGAGCAGUUUUUGCGAGGUCGCAUUGACUAUUCGGGCGACGAAGGCUGUGUGGUGGCCAACGAGAUCUCUGCGGAGCGAGCUGGGAUGCUCGUCCAUCAGAUUGCCAGGCAUCAGUCUUUGUAUCCCUUGGUGGUCUUCACUUCCCACGAUGCUCGCUACUUUCCCAGCCUCCGACGCGAAGACGGUCGCGAAGUGCUCUUCGACCGCAUCCUGUGUGAUGUGAUGUGCUCCAGUGAUGGGACGCUGCGGAAGUCUCCGCACCUCUGGCGCGAGUGGUCCAGCCGGCUGAGCCUGGAGCUGCACGCGGAGCAGCUGGCGGUGGCGCUGCGCUCGGUGCGGCUGCUCCGGGGGGGCGGCCGGAUGGUGUAUAGCACCUGCAGCCUAUCUCCCGUGGAAAACGAGGCGGUGGUGGCGGAGAUCUUGCGUGCGGCUCCAUGCUUGGCUUUGCUGGAUGUGCGAGAGGAGCUCACCCUGCGGACUUCUCCGGGCUUGGAGACCUGGAAGGUGGCUCACCAGGGUCAGCUCUAUGAAAGCCAUGCGGCCGCCGUGGCGGCGGGUGUCAAGCUCCAGAGAGGAGUCUUUCCGCCCGCUGAAAGCGGGCUCGGGCUGAAGAAGUGCCUUCGUAUUCUGCCACACCACAAUGAUACUGGAGGCUUCUUCAUCGCAGUCUUUGAAAAGGUGGCCGCGUACGUGGCCAAGGGGGCGGAGGUGGCCGACGCGGAGACGAUCCGUGGCUAUGACAGCGACCGCGAUGAGGAUGGUGAAGAGGAAGAACGACAGAAACAGCUUCAGAAGUUGGAGCAGGCGGCGGAGCGCUCAUGCAGCGCGCAAGAGCGGGCAAAGGCUGAGGCGCGGCGAGAGCGAGCCAGGACCUCGGGUUCGCUGGCGCGGGAACUGGCACGUUACAAGUGCCUUGCUUCGAUGCCCGAGCAGGUGUGUGCGCUUCGAGCCUUUUAUGGCUUGCAUGAGAGCUUCCCUGUGCAGCUCUUCUUCAGCCGCCAUCACUUGCAGCUGAUGGCAGAUGGAGAGCUGGUUCAGACGCACCAAGGCGAGGCAAACCAACUUCUCCUGCUGGCCGCGGCGGCGGCUGAGGUGCUCUGCUGCGGCACCGGCGAGCACGCCAAGCGGAAGCUGAAGGUCAUCGCAGGUGGCCUGCGUGCCUUUGAGAAAGACCGUUUCGAGGUGGCCGAGCGCUCCACGUCCUUGAGGCUGGCGCAAGAGGCUGUGGAGCUGCUGGCGCCUUACCUGGGCCUGCGGGUGGUGACGCUGGAGGAUGUGGCUGAUACGCAUCGUUUGCUGAGCCAGCGGGACGCUGCGACUGCAGCGUUGGUGUCGGCUGGGAAGAGUCAACUGGAAGAGCUGGGCGCAGGUGGCUGUGUCUUGUUGUUACGCACCACCUCCGGAAGUUGGCUGGCUGUUUCGGCCUUGCGAACACGAAAGGCAGUAAGCCUUUUCGUGAACGACCUGAUGAUGCCUUCGAUGCGGCAGGCCUGCGGUUUGCCUGCAGCCUUGCAAGCAGAGGAAGCUGAGAAAAGGUUUGUUUCUGCACGAUUUCAGGGAUUCGAGGUGGACAAGCGUCCUAUGAAAGACUUUGAGCCCUUGCAAGCCGCGCCCGACGUGGGCUUUUGGCAGGAGCUGAGCCAAAGGAAGCUGGACCUGUGGCGCCUGGACUCCUCCAAUGUGCCGGUCACGGCCUUCUACGAAGCUUCCCAGGCCUCAAGGGUUCCUGCGAAGUGCUUCUUGCAGAAGGACGCCUUUCAAGACACACGUGUGCCAGUGGGUGCCGUGAAAGUGGUGGGGGAAUUGAAGAACUUCAACACCGAGGAGGAGUUCCGUGCAUUCUUGGGGAAUGCGGAUGCCAGGCAGAGCUGCUUGGCAGAGGCGGUGGCGCAAAUCUCGAGCGCGAUCGCGUCGGGCAAGGCGCUCCAGGAGCCUUGGCAGUUGAGGCGGCUCCUGCUGUGUAGCUUUGCUGAUCUCAAGAAGUACCACUAUUCCUACCUCUUAACUUUGCCGGCCUUGAAGACGCCAAAACCCUGGCAGCGUGUCAGAGAGCCCAUCGAAGAUUUGGGCCCCGAAGUACUGGCGCUCGUGGCUAAAGGCUUACGUGAGAAGGACUUUGAUGGACUUUGCCUUCUGACACGGGCGGCCGAUGUGGGCUGGUCCUUGCGGCCGAUGGCAGACUUGCUGAACGUCAAGGUUGAAUCAGAAGAUGAUCUCAUCCUUGUCUUUGUGGACCCCUCCUCCGAGGAGGCUCCGGCCUGGUCGUUGCAGAAUGCCCUGGUGCUUCUGGCCAAGCAUCGGCCUGGCCGACGGCGCGUCCUGGCCUUCCGAGACCCACAGCUGGCAGGAGCCUCUGGCUACACCUCUUCAGGUCCCCAGCUCCGUUCCCUGCUCUUCCGCUACGCCUUGGAUGCUGAGAUGGAGUCGUCUGGUGACUGCCGUGCUGGCUGGUCGAAGAUUGCCACGGUGGACCUGACGCGUUUCCUGGACUCCAAGAUGGUGGCGGCUAACGCGGUGGAUCUCAACAUCAAGUUGAUGAAGUGGCGGGUGCUGCCGGGCUUGGAACCUGACCGACUCAAGGAGCUCCGUGUGCUGCUGCUGGGUGCCGGCACCUUGGGCUGUGGUGUGGCCCGAGCGCUCAUGGGCUGGGGCUGCAGGCACAUGACAUUCGUCGAUGCCGGCAAGGUUUCCUUCUCGAACCCUGUGCGGCAGAGUCUGUUUACCCACAAAGACGCUGCGGACGGUCGCAAGAAGGCCACGGCAGCCAAGGAGGCAGUGCUAGCAAUCUUGCCAGAUGCAAAAGUUGAGGAUGUGGUGAUGGACAUUCCGAUGCCGGGGCAUCCCCACCAGUCCGCUGAGCUGCUGCGUGCGAAUGUCGUCAAGCUCCAGGAGCUCAUCGAGCGGCACGACGUCAUCUGCAUGCUGACGGACUCGCGCGAGUCGCGGUGGCUUCCCUCGCUCCUGGUGGCCGCGGCGCAGGAUCGAGGCAAAGAUGCACCACUAGGACUCACCGUGGCCUUGGGCUUUGAUUCCUUCCUGGUUUCCAGGCAAAGCUAUCAGAACUCCCCAGCGGCAUGCUACUUCUGCAAUGAUGUCACAGCUCCAUCGGAUUCGUUGGCCUUCAGGACCCUGGACCAACAAUGCACUGUCACGAGACCGGGGAUUUCGGGGCUGGCCAGCAACUGUGCAGUGGAAUUGCUUGCUGCACUCACACAGCACCAGGAUGGUUUCGCAGCAGCUUCAUCCAACACCGCCAGCAUCAGCGAGUCUCCUUUAGGCGGCGUUCCUCACCAGGUGCGCGGCUACGCGGCCGAGUACGCCUUGGCGCCCACGGAGACCGAGCCCUUUGGGCGGUGCAUUUGCUGCUCCCCGCAGGUGCUUCAACGCUAUGCAGCUGAAGGCAUGGGCUUCUUGGAGCAAGUCAUAGCUGAUUCGUCCAUCCUGGAGGACGUCUCUGGCUUGGCCGAGAUGAAAGCCGCAAUGUCAGGGAUGGAAGGAGAUGUAGAAGCAUUCGAUGAGUUCGAGGACCUGUAG